UUUCAGAACAGUCUCUCAUAUCACAAAGUCAGUUGAUCUAGUGUCAUUCUUGUCUUGAAAUAUGUCGGAGACACAGGAGCAAGAAGCUUCUGGAAACGGGGAGCCCGAUUUACCGACGACCAUUCGGGUUACACUUAAAACAUUGGAUGAUCGUGAAGCUACGGUAACGAUCGGCCUUCAAGAUACGAUUCAAUCACUUAUUGAUUUGGGACGUAGGGAAAUGAACAUUCAAUCAGGAUUUCAACGCGUGAUUGCUGGUGGACGUGUUUUGAACUCAACACAAACGGUGCAAGCAGCCGGAAUUUCUGAUGGACAAACUGUGCAUCUCGUUGACAGAGGACCGAGCGGAGAAAAUGAUCGUCCGAACGUGAUGCCAGACCGCGUCGCAGGACCAAGAAUUAUAAACGCCAUUCCUGGACUACCACCACCUGGGUUUAUAUUCCAAUCACCAGCAUUCGCAAGAAUGAUACCUGGAAAUGUUGAAAUUCCUACGCCUCCAUCUCAAACACAACACACUGUUGUUCAUCCAAUUCGUGUUCCCGGAUCAAUUGCUGGUACACCUGUGCUUACAUCUCGAGUUUCAGAAGAUUGCGUCUUACAGAAAGCUGUUCCGUACAGAGGCACAUCUAACUCACCGAAUCGCCCACAAGCUGCAUCACAAACUGUUACUUUUCCGUCGGAACCGAAUGUGAUUCAAUGGACAGUCAAUAUUGCUGAUGACUUAAUCUUCCGUCCGAGGGAGCAUUUUGAGCAAGUUGUCAGAGAAACUAUCAACAAUAUAUCAUUUCUAUCCGACUCCACCAGGCUCGGGGUUUCGAUGAAAUGGAAUCAAAACUGUACAUCGCUGUCAGUUGAGUUACCUCCAGUCUCACCACAUAUUCCAUCCCCUGCACUUGAAAAACUCGAUUUUCUAUGCCUCUGGACUGACCAUUUGUCACGUUUUAUUGACAAACUCGAAGAGCACGAUGGUCUUGUUGCUGCAACUCGUCAUGUAUUAGAAAUGGUUAAAACUAGGCAGUUUGAUCAGAAUUUGAGUCAACAAGCAAGAAACCAACGAGUUGAAGCAUUGGAUGAAAUAGUCAAACACUUGGAAUACCAGUGGGCAGAGCUGAGUCAUAUGAAGGAUUUCGAACGUAUUCGUUUCCGAAAGAAUCAAACCGAAGAAUACCGUGCACUUAAAAUCCAAGAGUAUCCUGAAACUCCUCGAAACCCUCAUUUUUACAUGAGACAUGCACUUGACAUUGAUGUUAUUGGAGUUAUGCGUGAAUUCAGAAAACAACAACGACGGUUUACACGUCUUGAAGAUCUCCUGGAUGAUCUUAAUGAAGUGGGCGCAGUCAAGUUCAUUAGAGAUCAUAUAACCACUGAAGUUGAUUACCGAUAUCAGGCUCUCUCCAUGUUCUACUGUUACAUUCAACGAAUGCGACAUCAAAUUUCUCAUAUGACACAUUUGACUGCUGAUUUGGAUGUUUCCUUUAUCACUCCAAGUUUCCCUCAACGAAUUUUACCUCAGUACGCUGUGAAUGUGCUCACUGUACCAUUUCCACAUCCUGCAACUGUUAUAUUCAAGUUUCAAAGCAGUGAUGAACAACCGUUAACGAUUCCGGUCACUCAUAUUUUUGAGCCACCAAGAAUGUUGUCUGAUGUUGGCGGACGUUAUAAUGGAGACUAUCCAUAUCUCGCAUAUCAUCCGCCGAGUGUUCAUAUGGAAGUUGUUUUACAAGAACCAAGAAGAAUAGCUGAACCAAGACCACAAAUUCUAGCACGCCCAACACCCCAACAGUUUGUUCUCACUCAAGAAAUGAAUCAAGGUGGAAGCAUAAAUCUAAUGGCAGCAACCGAUCCAAUCAGUGGUUUAAGCCUACAGGAUGUAUUGAGAGCGCAGCAGGAGCAAGUGGAGAACUUAUUUGCUCAGCAACCAGGAAUUGAAGGUGGAAGAGUUAGAGUAACAGCUAGACCUGGACGUAGAUUCGUAGCAACUACGGGCGAUGCACCAAGUGUUCCAGUGGAGACUCUGCCGCCUCCCGGUUCUGAUCAGCAACCCGGAACAAGUCGGAGAUUUACCACUCAUAGAUUCAAUGUACAACCAGAUGCACGUGGUGCGGAAACUGAAACUCUUGCCCCAUUCCCGGUUGCAAUUGAACCCAAUGAACUUCAAAGAAUCGCGAAGAAUAUUGCUUCAAGGUAUCGUGCUGAAGCUCUUCAACGUAUUGCUUCUAGCUUGACGACUCGUUUCAAUAAUGAAUCAUGGGAUACCCGAAUUCAGAAUAUGCCAUUAUGUACGCUCAGAGAAUGUGUUGCAAUUGCAUUGGAAAUGCUAACUUCGGCAGGAAACACCGUGAAUGAAUCGAAAGACUUGAUGUUGGCCCUGGUUCGAGACGAGGAAGUUCUGGUCAGAGCUAUUGCGGAAUGCAUAAAGUCACUAUUUGGAAGAGGAGAAUUUCCAACACAUGUUGCUCGUUUGAUAAUGCCUACUAAUCAAACUGCAUCUUCGAGAAACGAUUACGAGUCUGUGGAUGGUGUAGAAGAGUCCCAAAGCGACGAGUUUGAUUCAAUGAUAGUUCGAGUUCCAUCAGAUAUUUCACAACCUCAAAGUGGUGAUCUAAGAGCGAUAAGAGAAAGAAGACAAAACCGUCGUCAAUUUUUGGAAAAUCGAGGAAGAAUCCCUUCGACCUCUUCAGCACCAUCAACUUCUGAAAAUCCACCAGGACCAUCGUUUAAUUCAGAAGAUGCUGCAGAUAUCCGUGCUGGAAGACUGCCCCUGGGCACUCGACCAAAUAGAAGAACUGUCAGAGAAACUGUUCAUCCUGCUGCAGCUGCUAGGGCAGAAAGUCCGAAUCAUAUAUCUCUGACAUUCACUGCAACAACUCACACAUUUGCACCGGCCGGGUUUCCAUUGAUGAUGGCUUCUUCCAACGUUCCAUCUACAUCUGCGGGGCCACCUGGAUGGCCGAUCCGUCAGGUUGUCUCACCGACUCCAACAACUCGAGGGCUUUUUGAGUUCGAUCUAUCUGGAAGUUCAGAUCAACCAGCCAGAUCUACUCCAUCGCCACCUGCUCCAACUCCAAGAACAACUUCGGCCCCAGCAACUGUGCAAUCAUCUCCAACACGUCAAGAAUCAAUGGAUAUCGAUUCUCCAAAUGUUCAAAAUCCGGGUCACGUGGAAAGUCCUGCUGCCAUUGCGGCUCGUCAAGCAGCGAGAGUAGCUCGAGCAAGAAUUGAUCAUCUGGCGGCAACAUUCAACGGUGAUUUGGCUGAUUCAAGACGACAAAGCCCAUUUGUCACACCUGGUCCAACAACUCCAUUGAACGAUCCCAGAAGACGGACUGUGAGAGUAACACAGCAUGUAAAGCCAAUGGUGGCAAUCGAUCCAUUUAUGAAUUGCACGAAUCGUCACUGUGAGAUCAAUAGACUUGCGACACCUACUCAUAUGGCUGAUGGGGACAGAUUCACACUUCAGUCACUUCAACCAGAUCAAGAAUUUGAGGCUCGUAUUCAGGCUUUAGUUCCAAGUAUUGAACGCCGACCAAUUCAAAUUCAUCAUGAAGAUGAGGACUACAAUUACUCGAUUCGAAGAACGCAGUCUGGAUUACUUUCCUUCCGGAAUUUGGAAGACUUUCGGCCUUUUGUCAAAACAGCAAUUCGAAGUCUACUUGCUCAUUGUAUUGAUGCUGAUACAUUGUUCACUAUGAAUAUGAACAACAUCAGUGGUUAUCAAGCAGCAAAUCAUACAGAGCUGCUAAGAAUGGUUAAAGAACACAUUUCUCGUGUUCCCGGCAGUCGUGCAACUCGCAACGCAAGUCAGAACACAACAAGUGUAAAUCAAUCUACAGAAACGUCUCCUCGUGAACAAAUGAACCGUAGUCCAGUGCAGGAAGCUGCAGAUCCAAGAUUAGCCUUCUCGCCAUUCCCACCUGGAAUCAAUUUAGAGCAAGAAGUUUUAAUUCCCGGACAAAUUGCAUCUCUACUAACCUACCUCGUAGAUUAUAUGGAAUCUUCUUCGAAUCCUCGUCCACCUGGCAUAUUUGGAUUUCUCCUUGAGCUCACCUAUGGACGGCUUACUCGUCAUGAUUUUGCUCAACUUGCCAGGCGAACCACUGCCACAAAUGUUGCGUCAGAGUUUGAAGCUCAAAUCAGAGCACACAUUCGAGACAAUUAUUUGGUUGGAAGAACUGGACUCAGCAAUUCAGAACUACACGGCAUCGCUGAGAAUUUGGCGAACAACGAACAAUUUUUUGCAAUAUUUAUGUCUCAAAACGAUCAGCUUCCAACUUCGUUCCCAUUUGGAUACGACCGUAAUGAUUUUGCGGAAGUUGUUUGGGCGUUCCGGCAAAUUGAAAUUGCUCUCAUCAAGUCGUUUUUAACAUUGUCGCAGUUAAAUCUAGUUUCAGACUCUGGUAAUGCUGUUCGAUUCAUCCUUCAAAGUGUCGACAGUUACCUCUACCGAAAUCUUAUAAUGUUCUAUCGUAUGUGUGACCGUGACGUGGAGCGAAUGAAAAUUCAGAUGAAACGAAUCAGUGAUUAUUUUGCAACUAUUCGAUAUGAGAGCACAGAUCGCCCUGGUAUUAACGUGUUUAUUGACAAUUGGAAUCGAGUUAUGGACUAUUGGAGUAACAGAUACACUGAUUUCUCCGAAGAAAAUUUUGAUCAAUUCCUUUUGAAAGUUCGUGCUGGAACCGAUUGGAAUGACAUAGUUCUCAACGAAUCCCGGCAACUUUUACCAACUAUUGCAUCUACAUCUUCUCAGCCGUCUACAUCUUCCUCUUCGUUGAAUACUGUUUCAACAAACAAUCCAAGCCUUGGUCGCCUCAUCUGGACCCAAAUCAGGCGUUUCUUCCAGGAAAACGCAAUCACGACGGCAGUCGCGAGGAUAAUGAUGACUGUGUGGAUGUGGUGGCACCGAUGAUGACAUCGUUGUCGACAUCAUCUCCGUUGACUUCUCAAUCAUCAUCUUCUGGAACACGAACUUCAUCAGGAUCUUCAGGUCCAUCAACUUCAUCAACAACUACAAACAAUAUCCAGUGAAAUGUAUCGGAAUAUAAUUGGAAAUCAUCGGGUUAUAGUACAGUCUUCGGUGGAUUAGUUUUAAUCAAAAUUGGCCGCCUCGUUCAUGAUAUCUCAACAAUGCCGGUUUUCGAGACUAAGAAACGUUAUUUUACGGUUUAGGUUCAAAUAUACCUACAAUUAAUUGUUCAUAUCUAUUUAUUUAACUAUGUUCAUUUGUAGUUUGAAUUGUUUGACUUGCAAUUCAAUCUGUGCUCCUAUCAGCUAACAAGUUUUUAUGUAAAUGAUUGGAAAAUCGGUUUUGUAUUGUUUUUUCUUAUUUAUAUUUAAAUUUCAUAAAGUUAAGCACUCCAAU